AUGAAGUUCGUCUUCUCUGUUGUCCGCAUCUAUUACAGACCGACGACAUUCACACCAACAUGUCUGCGGAGCUUCUGCAGCAGCGGAAGCAAAUCCUCUUCCUUCAAAGGCAAGAGCCGCAAGACCACUUGGAGUCCAAGUCCAAGUCCAACUCCAAAUCCAAGUCCAGCACACAAAGCAGCCAAAGAGCUCAAUUGUAGUCCGGCGCCGGCGGUGACAUCCUUUCCAUUGACGGAGCAGCAGUCACAAGCGUUGAACAUCGUCUCCGCAGGCGAGUCCGUGUUCAUUACGGGUUCUGCCGGAACUGGGAAGACCAUCUUGCUCAAGCACGUCAUCGAGAUCCUCACGCAAAUCCACGGUUCUAAACACGUCUUCGUCACUGCAUCGACUGGUGUAGCUGCCUGUGCCCUCAGCGGCAUGACCCUCCACUCCUUUGCCGGCAUAGGUCUCGGCACCGCCGACCGUGAAACCUUGCUUCUUACUGCAGCAUCUAAGAAGGAUACCUACCGGAGAUGGAGAAGGGCCAAGGCAUUGGUCAUCGACGAGGUAAGCAUGGUCGAUGCCGAUUUGUUUGACAAUCUUGAGUACAUAGCCAGGGGGAUACGGGCCAAUCACAAGAAUCGAGUGUGGGGAGGGAUACAGCUUAUUGUCUGUGGUGAUUUCUUUCAAUUACCUCCUGUUUCUCUUACUACUAAUGGUUCUUCUAAGUCUAAUAAGGAAUUUGCGUUUGAAGCUGAAUGCUGGAAUGCGAGCUUUGACCAACAUAUUGAACUCACUCAAAUCUUUAGGCAGUCUGAUACUCAACUGAUCAAUUUACUUCACGGAAUAAGGAGAGGGUUUAAUGAUAGAAAACACUUGCAACUUCUGAACACUAGACUCGUAGAAAGUGAACCUGAUCCCUUUGUUAUUCGGCUCUUUCCGAUGAAACAGGAUUUAAAGAGGGUGAAUGAUGAGAGGUUGAGAAGCUUGGGCCAAGAAAUUUACACUUACACGGCAUUAGAUGUAGGGCGGCAACCUUGGAAGAGCCAACUGAAUCUGGGGGUUGCUCUUGAUAAGUUGGAGCUUUGUUUGGGUGCCAGAGUAAUGCUGCUGAAAAACUUCGAUCCCAGUUGUGGACUGGUUAAUGGUGCCACCGGUAAAAUCAGGGGUUUUAAAAAGUAUCAGGUCACGGACAUAUCGGACAGUGGGUUGCUACCUAUAGUAGAGUUUGAUUCAGGGCAAGAGAUGGUGAUUUCUCCAGACAGAUGGGAUGUGACACAGGGAAAAACUGUGUUUGCCACACGCAGGCAACUGCCACUUAUACCUGCAUGGGCUCUUAGCAUUCACAAGUGCCAAGGCAUGACUCUCGACAGUCUUCACACUGAUCUCUCUAGGGCAUUUGGUUGUGGGAUGGUUUAUGUUGCACUUUCUCGAGUGAGGAGCUUGGAUGGUCUCCAUUUAUCAGGUUUUGAUUCCUCAAAGAUCAAGGCACAUCCAAAGGUCCUGGAGUUCUAUCAGAACCUUUUUGGUUGUCAAUCUUGA